AUGAAGAAGCGAGUAAUGGUGAAGGAAGGAGAAGUAGGAAGUGUAGAAGAAAAGGUGGAGAGGAGAGAAGAAGAGGAAGCGAUAGGAGAGGAAGGAAGAAGACGAGAAGAGGACGUAAAGGAGAGAAAAGGGGUUAGGCACAGAGAGGAGAGAGGAAAGGAUGAGGAGGCGGCGAAAGGAAAAGAAGAAGAGGCAAUGAAGAAAGGCAAAGGAGGAAGUGAAAGUGAUAAAGGAAGGAAGAAGACCGGUGCAUGCUGGUGCAAGGAGGAAUGGAAGGAGAUGAAGAGCAGAAUGGACAGGAUGGAAAGGAUGAUGGAGGAGAUACUGAGAUGGGUGAAAGGGAGAGAAGAUAAGGAGAGAGAUAAGGAAAGAGACAAGGAGACCGAAGGAGAGGAGAUAGAAGAGAAGAAAGAAGAGGAAGCACAGUGGGAGACGGAGGAGGAGACGGAAGAGAGGAGCAAAGGAGGACUGCAGGUGAGGGAAGAGAGAAGGAGAGAGCAGGGUAAGACAGAGGAGAGUGGAGAAGAGCGGUGGAAAAUAGUGAAGGGUGAAGAGGACAAGGAACAGGGGAGAAGGAAUGACCAGGUGAAGGGUGAAGAGGACAAGGAACAGGGGAGAAGGAAUGACCAGGGUAAGAGGGCAAGAAAGGAAAUUGAAGAAGAAGGGAAGACGGGAGGAAAAGUGGAGAAGAUAGAAGGAAAGGAGACAAGAGAGAAAAAGGAAGAAGAUAAGAAAGCAAGCGGAGAGGAAGAGAGGAGAGAAGGAAAGGAGGAGAACAAGGAGGUGGAAAGGAUAAGAGGACGGAAGAAGAGGAUGAUAGGAGAAGCGAAGAGGAGGAAAAAUGGAAAAGAGGAGAGGAAAUGUGGAGAAAAGUGA